AUGGUCGCACGUAGUGAAACAUUACAUCAGUUCAGUUGUUAUGACAGUUAUUCGUAUAAAUUGUGGAAAUUGGCAAAUACAUGGAAUAAUUCAGCUUCAACACAACAAUUUGCACUACAAAAUUUUAAUUUACAAAAUCUUGACAAUAUUACGAAUAAUUCGGAUACAGAAGUUAUCUUAAAAUGUCCACACUGUCAGAAAGAAUAUACAAAUAUAAAUAAUUGGAAAGAACAUAUAGAAAUUGAACAUCUUCCAGGACCCUCGUCGGGGGAUGAUGAAUUAAUUGAUGAGUCACCAUCAACUGGGAUAGACUUAACACCAAACUUAAUUAAUGAUAAUGCUUCUAUAAAUACUCAGAAUGUGGCUUGUAAAAUCUGUCAAAAAUCAUUCGCAAAUAUUUAUCGUUUACAACGUCAUAUGAUCAGUCAUGAAGAAAAUUUAUCAUUGAGAAAAUUUAAAUGCAAUCAAUGUGAAAAAGCAUUCAAAUUUAAGCACCAUUUAAAAGAACAUCUACGCAUCCAUAGCGGGGAAAAACCAUUUGAAUGUGAUUGUUGUGGAAAACGUUUUUCACAUUCUGGAUCAUUUUCUAGUCAUAUGUCAUCCAAAAAAUGUAUGAGCUUAAAAUUAGAUCGUACACGCGCACCAAGUGCUAGUUUUAUAUUAGAUAAACAAACACCAAGUGUGGCCACAUCACCGAAGCGACCACAUACAGCCAGUCCAUCGUUGGCAUUAAUGAAUAACUUUCCAAUACAACCAGCAACGCAUCAAACACCUGAACCAUCACCUGGAGCAUUAUAUCGAGAAAAUUAUUUACCGACAACAAUUCCCACAGCUCCAUUAUUUCCAACAAUGAAUGCUUUUUAUGGAAUUAAAGAUCCUACAACAAUGGAUUUAAAUAAUUUUGCAUCGACAUCAUUGAAAUAUUUUUUGGAGCAAUUACGUUAUAAAACGUUAGAUUCGUUAUAUGCCCUUAAAAAAGAUGAAAUUGCUUCAAAUGAGCAACAAUCGUAUUUAAAUAUUAAAUCAGAGGAAAAUAAUGGAGACGCAACAGUUCCAGUUGGUGGAAAUGGUGAAUUAGAUUUAACGAAAACUGAAAUUAAAUCAGAAACAAAUUCUCGACCAAAUUCCCCAAAUCAAUCCUCUUCUACAGCAAGUGAUGUGAAAAGUGAAGGUUUAGCUGCAAAACUAGAGGAAACAAUAAAUGAAGAAAAUUAUUUUUCAUCUCAUACUGGGGAUGAUAAAAGUAAUGAUUCAUUUGCGAAAAAAGCUCGACAAAAAUGUCCACGUAUACGAUCUUUGAUCUCCGAAGAAAAAUUAGCAAUUUUAAAUGAGUAUUAUAUGAUUAAUCCACGUCCUCGACGAGAAGAGCUCAAUACAAUUGCACAAAAUUUAGGAUUUCCCACACGUGUUGUACAGGUAUGGUUUCAAAAUGCACGUGCAAGAGAUCGACGUGAAGGCAGACAAAUACACUUGAAUACCGAUCAAACGGCAACAACGGCUUCGUAUUCAAAUACCGUAUCUCAAAUACUACCUCAAAAUGAAGAACCAUUAGAUUUAUCGAUGAAAAAAAUUAAAUUACCACAAAUUACUGCUAGUCAAAAUAAUAAUAAUUUAAUUACAACGAAAACAACGAAUUUAAAUCCAUUAAAUUUUUCAUUUAUGCCAAAUUUAACAAAAGCAUUUCCAUUAUUUCCAAUGCUUCCAUUGAAUAUACCUCAACCGUCACCGGUGCUUACAGACGAUACAUCCUCAUCGACAGCAACAACAAUAUUACCACCAACGGUUAUGGCUUCCCUAACGGCAGUUGGUAAACAUUUUGGAGAUCAUCAUAAUAGUGCAGUGAUUGCGCCAAAAAGUGGGACAGAUGGUGCAGGCGAUCUUGAAGGACAAUUCAUUUGUGAUCAGUGUGACAAAACAUUUUUAAAACAGAGUUCACUGGCGCGGCACAAGUAUGAGCAUUCUGGGCAACGUCCAUACAAAUGCGAUGAAUGUCCGAAAGCCUUUAAACAUAAACAUCAUUUAACAGAACAUAAAAGGCUUCACAGUGGUGAGAAACCAUUUCAAUGUGGUAAAUGUUUAAAACGUUUUUCACAUUCAGGAUCAUACAGUCAACAUAUGAAUCACAGAUACUCGUAUUGUAAACCGUAUCGAGAAUAA